UUACAUAUUUUUCUCCUGCGAACUCUCGUGACGGUUUUGCAUUGUAUGUAUGUAAUAAUACUGCAGACUGUCUUGUGUGUGUGUGUGUGUGUUUGCUCUUUCUGAGAAAUGAGCUUGGCCCAGUCAGUCUGGUCAGUCAGUCUCCUUCUCCAUGGCAUGUACACUACGUGUGAGGAGACUUCGCUAGAUGAAAGUCAAGAUGGGGCUGGUUUCUUUGAAAGUGUUAUUCUUGCCACUUCGUGAAAUGCUUCCCCGUCUCGAAUUUCUCAAGCCUCGUUUUUGUGGCACGCGUCUUGUCUGGCUGCUUGGUGUCCUGUCGAUUCAUUCCUUGACUUUGGAUAUGAACCUUCCUGAGAUCAUUCAUGGAUCGUUCUCCAUCCCCGACACUUGCUUGUCGUCACUCCGGUCAAUGUCGCGAUCAAGCACGGCCACAUCUACUGAAGUCUCAGCUACGCCGCAAUGCACAUACUGCCCAGCUCAGAAUAUUCAUUUCCACCAUCCAUGUCGCUGAUCACGAUAUACAUAUGCGUGCUUCAUCUCAUAGAAUUAUCAGACCUGCCUCCUUGCUAGCGUUCGGACAAGCUUUCCAAAUCUUUACUAGGCUACGUAUCAGAAUGGAUGGACAAGUUAGUGGAAUAUCAAAAAAAGAUGAACAAGAAUAGAAUGAGCAGUCAUCACGUUAUCAACCGACUUGUUCAGCACACCUUGCGCAAUGCCGGAAACAGUGGACUACACUACAUAGUCCAAGUUCCUUAACGAUGACCAAAAUGCAACAAAAAAAAAAAAAAAAAAGUCAUGUCUGUUCAUUGAAAAGAUCCU